AUGUUGUCUCGUUUACAAAAACCAAGUUUACGGGAUUUUAUGUUAAUGCAAGGACAAACUCGAAGUCGAUUAUGCUUGGAUAGUGCAAUUUUUGAUCCAUGUGAUAAGUUAACAGAAUUAACAUCUUUUGAGAAAGCAACACUUUUGUCAUGGUCAUCUGAUAGCAACGUCGACAAAGGUCUUAGUUUGUAUAUUUUGUUGCAUUUUUUGUCUGCUGUAAAUAGCAAUUCAUAUUAUUAUCAUUACGUGAACAAUGGAAGUCCUGAUGGAACAAAUAUGUUUGGACAUGUUAUCGGUACAUCAGGUAGUGGAAAAUCAUCAGCAUUAACUCCUCAUAUGGAUGCAUUAAAUCGAACACUGUCUCAAAUGGACAUAAACCAAGAAUAUAUUCAACAUCCAAAUAAAAGUAUCGAUUUAUUAUUUGAGCAACCAUUUAUUGUUUCAAAUUCAACAGCACUUCAAGUAUUUCGAAGUUUAUUAUAUGGCAAUCGUUUAUUGUGUUCGACCGAGUGCGAUACGUUACUAUCAAAUUUGGGUGUUUAUGGCAAUCAAUAUAAUGAUCCUCGGUUUUCUGAAAAUGUCAAUAUGCUUAUUCAAAUGUUCGAUGGAACUAAACAUCAGAAUCGAGCUACUCUUUCUACAUCAUACAACAUUCCAGAAGGAAGACGUGCUUCCAUUAUUGGUGCAAGUGUUGGUGAUCCUUAUGCACGAGUAUCACAACAACAUUAUGAAGCACAUGGUGUUAGUGGUGCUCAUAAUCGAUUUACUCAUUAUCCGUGUCCUGUAAUGAAAGCUAUCAAAACCAAUUCUGGUACUAGUGGUGUAAUAUCGAACAUGGUACCAUCACUUCAACAUGUCUAUACAGUAUCUUUUUUACUUGGAAAAAUUGAAUAUAUUGCACGACAAAAUGUUUAUGACAAGUGGGAAAAAAAAGAAUCAAAUGUACUUAAUUCGGACGUUGAAGAGAAGUGGAAACGAUUACGACCUACUGCCAAUCGACAAUAUCAUCAUUCAUCAUCAAAAAUUGAAAUUGAACUCGAAGAACCUGAAAGUGAUUCAUCUUAUGAACAUAGCAAAAGUGCUCACUAUUACAUGUUUAAUCGAGUUUACGAUCAAUGGAAAGAAGCAACAGAAACAGAAAAACAAGAACAUGAAGCUAUCAUUAGCUUUAAAAAUUCCGCCAAAAUUCCUCGUUUUAUUUGUAAUUUUGCUCGUUUUCGAGCGAUUAUGGAUAUUUUGUGGGAUGAUGAUGUAUAUCCAUUUAUUGAAAUAUCAGAAGUCGUGAAAUCACCAUAUCGUGUUUCUAAUGCUUUCGUCGAAGCUGUCAACAAGGUUAUCGACAAGCGAUUUCCAGCCCAUUUACGUAAAGAUGAUGGUACAAAAAUUCUUAUCAUCGAGAAAAGUACAGCUAUGAUGGGAGAUCUAUUUUUUGGUCAUGUUGACUAUGUAUCUCGACAAUUAUUUGAUUUAUCAUCUAUCCAAGAAAAGUUCAAUACAUCUCCAGUAUUAUCUCGAUCGUUAAAAAAUGGUGGUGAUGUACAAGAAAAACAUGAUGAUGUACAAAAAGAACACGGUGAUGUACGAAAAAAACAUAGUGGUCGUGCAUCGGUAUACGAUGAUGUUUCAACAAUAAUUUUAUCAAAAUUUAUCUUUUUUUCAUUAUCAACCUUCAAUACUUAUAGACAAUUUCACAAUGAUAAAGAUCGAUUGUCAAGAGCAAUUGAAUAUUUGGUCGAUAAUGGAUUGAUAUAUCAACCAUCGAAUAGAGAUCGAUUUAUUAAAGGAACUCGUUCAAGUUUCGUAAUGGCUACACCUAGUCAAAUCGAACAAAAUAAUAUGGCUAUCGAAGCACUAACCGAAUUAAAGUUGAAUAUUAAUAAUUAUCGACAAUUAUGGAAACAAUGUCUUCUCUGUACGUCUGAUAUAGCAGGGAAGAUUGAUAAACCAGCAAUUAAUUAUAUUAGUUCCAAUUUAUCUGAUUUCAUUGAAAUUAUUCAUCGUUUGGGCAAUGCCAAUGAUCCUGUUGCUCAAGAAAUAUUAAAACCUGGUUUACGUAAUGGUCUAAUCGGUAUCGAUCCUGAAACACAUACAUUUACUUUAUCACCUGUACAUGCUUUUGAAAUGAAAGAUGAUCGUUACAUUAUGAAUCAAUUGAACAAACUCUGUAUUCCAGCCAUUUCUCAAAAGAAUAAUUCUUCAAAAAAUGAAAGAACGUCAUUGAUCCUCGAUCAUCAUCGAAGUAAUAAUUCCGAUACAAUGAUGAUCGAUUUAACUGAAUCUGAUACGGUCAAUAUGACUUCAUUAAUUAUUGAUGAUGUUCAAGAACUGCAAACACGAUUUCAAGCAUCAAAAAUUUUUACCGAUAUUCAUCCAAAUAAAAACGAUUCAAUUAAUAAUCUUAAAGAGCAAGUUUCGUUGGAUGAAAAAGACAAUCAAACUGCUUCAAUGUCGAGUAUCAACAGUAUUAUCACAGAAGAAUGUUCAAAUGUAUGGGAUGUAUUGGAAGGUGAAUUCGUCAAUAAUAAUGGGAAGGAUAACGUCAUUAACAAUGAUGAAAAAAUCAUCCGACAUACAACUUACAAUUCAAUAUACGAUAUUAAUAAAUCCUUAACAACUGCAUUCAACAGUACCAUUGUAGAAGAAAUGUCCACAAAUGAUAAUAUGAAUAGUAAUGCAGCAGUUGAUGCUUCGAAUUCUGUUGAAUAUGAUUAUCCCACCGAUUAUUCUAUGAAUAUUCGUAAUAGUGAUACAAGUUUACAAUCGCAACAACAACAAAAUCUGGAAUUGACUCCCGAAUCAUCAUCGUUGAUUGCAAUCGAACAAGAAAAUGAGGAAUCGUACAGUAGUUCUGAAUUUAAUUCUAUUGAAUAUGAUCUUAUUGCUUUAUCGAAGAAACUUAUGUUAAAACCAUUCAUUGCAUUUACAAACACCGAUGUGACUCGACUAUAUAAUAAUGCUGAAACAAAAAAUCGUGUCAUUGCAUAUUUAAAACAAAACCAAUUGAUUGAUCCAAUUAAUGAUUUAUUUGUGUCCAAUAUUCCAACUAAAAAGACAAUUAAACCGGAAAUUGGCUAUUUAAAGAUGUUUCCUGUUUCUAUGUCCGCAUCAGAAGCAUCUUCUUUUGAAACUAAACUUCGAAAAAAAGUUGGGAUUGGAUUAGAUGAAUAUGUUGACAAAGUUUUGAACAAUGAAACAUCAUCAACAAGAAGUCCAAUUGUUAAUAAUAUAUUUAACACAGCACACCACAAUUGGUUAUUAAAUCGUCAUUGGUACGAAAAAAUCAAAGAAGGAGAAAUCACUGUGUAUUUUCAAGACAAAGUUAAAUGUUCAGAAGAGAAAAUUAGUCCUAUAGUAGUGGCUUUGACCACAGCGUCAAAUGAUGAUGUGACCGAUUCAUUUGAUCAACCACGUUCCAAUUUGACUCCUUCUCAACGAACAAACAAUGAAUUAAAACGUUUAGGUACUAAACGACAAAAUCAAACAACUAACGAACCACCAGCCAAACGACAACGAAAACCGAAACGUUUUCCUGAUGAUGACUUAUAA